AUGCCAAUCUUUCCUCCAAGACGAAAAUCACAAACAAAAAAGGAUGAAUCUGUAAGUGGUAUUAUUCCAUCAUCAUCCGAUUCAGCAAUACCAACAACAACAGCAACAACAUCAUCAGCUAAUCCAAGUUCAUCAACAACAACGACAUCGAGUCGACCUCAAUCCUAUUCUUCGUCUAAUAAUAGUCAACGUUCAACAACAAGUUCAUCAAAUGGUGAAACACCAAAACUUAUAUUUCAUUGCCAGUUAGCUCAUGGAAGUCCAACAGGUCUUAUAUCAGGUUUUAGUAAUGUUAGAGAAUUAUAUCAAAAAAUAGCUGAUUGUUUUGAAAUUCCAGCAUCAACGAUACUUUUUUGUACAUUAAAUACACAUAAAAUUGAUAUGAGUCAAUUAUUGGGUGGACAAAUCGGUUUAACUGAUUUUAUAUUUGCACACGUUAAAGGACAACCAAAAGAAAUUGAUAUUGUUAAAUCUGAACCUGCUCUUGGUUUAACUAUAACUGAUAAUGGAGCAGGUUAUGCGUUUAUUAAACGAGUUAAAGAUGGAAGUGUUAUUGAUCGACUUAAAACACUUGUUAAAAUUGGUGAUCAUAUUGAAAAAAUUAAUGAUAAAUCAUUAAUUGGUACACGACAUUUUGAAGUUGCAAAAAUGCUUAAAGAACUUCCUGUUGGUGCUACAUUUACAAUGCGUUUAGUAGAACCAAAUACAUUUGGAUUCCAUGUUGAACCAGCUAAACGUGGUCGUAAACCAGGUGAUGUUAAAAGUGGUACAAAAACACUUCGAUUCAAAGCUGAUGGUAAAGCAAGUGUUGAAGAUGUUGAUGAUACAAUGGUUAAAGCUAUUGAUCGUAUCAAUUCUCUUCUUGAAACAUUUAUGGGUAUUCAUGAUUCUGAUUUAGCACAACAAAUUUGGGAUUUAGCGCAAGAUAAAAAAAAUCCAAGUGAUUUUGCUAUGGCAAUUGAUGAAUCAGAAAUAGGCGCAUUUAAUUUUACUGAUGAAUUUAUCUUUGAUUUAUGGGCUGGUAUCGAUGAUAUUAAAGCUGGACGAAUAAAAGAAGAAGAUUAUGAAGGUGAAAGAUUAUAG